GGACUGGACUGCUGAACUAGAAUGGCACAGAAUGGAACCCCACAGAACGGAGUGGCUGACGGUGUCCCAGCUUUGCCUUCCCCUGUCACAGUUCAGGUGAUCAGACACACUAAGAUUUUUAUCGGCAAUGAAUGGCACUCAUCUAGCAGUGGAAGGACUUUUCCAACUUUCAACCCAGCGACAGGUGUCAAAAUAUGUGAUGUGGAAGAAGCAGACGAGAGAGAUGUGGACAAGGCUGUGCAGGUGGCCAAGGCGGCCCAGCAGAGGAGCUCUCCGUGGCGGAAGAUGGAUGGGUCCUGCCGGGGUAGGCUGCUGCACGCAUUGGCCGACCUGAUGGAGAGGGACCGGCGGCUGCUGGCGACUCUGGAGACCCGGGACACAGGGAAGCCCUUCCUGCAGUCUUUUUUCAUUGACCUAGAAGGCAGUAUCAAAACUCUGCGUUACUACGCGGGCUGGGCCGACAAGAUCCACGGCAAGAGUCUGCCUGUAGAUGAAAGCUUCCUGUGUUUAACCAAACACGAGCCUGUUGGAGUUUGUGGAGCAAUCAUUCCAUGGAACUUUCCUCUGCUGAUGUUCAUGUGGAAGAUGGCUCCAGCCCUGAGCUGUGGGAACACUGUGGUCAUCAAGCCAGCGGAGCAGACGCCCCUUACAGCCCUCCACGUUGGAUCACUUGUCAAAGAGGCAGGGUUUCCUCCGGGAGUUGUGAACAUCGUUCCAGGCUUCGGCCCAACAGCAGGAGCAGCCAUCGCCAGCCACAUGGAAAUUGACAAAGUGGCCUUCACUGGCUCCACAGAGGUUGGCAAGCUGAUCAAACAAGCAUCUGCCAAAAGCAAUCUGAAGAGAGUGACUCUGGAGCUGGGGGGGAAGAACCCAUGCAUUGUGUUUGCUGACUGUGAAUUGCAGCUGGCUGUGGAGGAAACUCAGAAAGGAGCUUUUUAUAACCAGGGUCAGUGCUGCACAGCUGCAUCACGUAUCUUUGUGGAGGAGAGUAUUUAUGAGGAAUUUGUGCAUCGCAGCAUAGAAAACGCCAAGAAGAUUGUCAUAGGAGACCCGCUGGACCCCCAGACAUCCCACGGGCCACAGAUUGACCGAAAGCAGUUUGACAAGAUCAUGGAUCUGAUAAAGAGUGGGAAGGAGGAGGGAGCCCAGCUGGAGUAUGGAGGAGUAGCUUUGGGCGAGAAAAGCCUCUUCAUUCAGCCCACCAUCUUCUCUGGGGUCCAAGACCACAUGCAAAUUGCCAAGGAAGAGAUCUUUGGUCCAGUGCAGUGCAUCUUUAGCUUUAAGAGCCAGCAGGAGGCCAUAGAGCGGGCCAACAGCUCCCAGUAUGGCCUGGUGUCCGCAGUGUUCACAGCCAGCAUGGACAGAGCUCUGUCUGUGUCUGCAGCCUUGGAGACUGGCACUGUCUGGAUAAACUGCUAUAACGCCCUUCAUGCCCAGACUCCCUUCGGAGGGUAUAAGAUGUCAGGCAACGGACGAGAGCUGGGAGAGUAUGCUCUGGCUGAGUACUCUGAGGUGAAAGCAGUGACCAUAAAACUAAGAGAAACUCUGUGAGAAGGACUACGCUACACACUUCUGUGUUCCUUCGUGCUGCUGAGGCAGCCCGGAAGAUUUAUGUCUGUUCACCUUUUCUUGUAGAUGCUGUAGGUGAAGAAAACCUGUUUCUCAAAAGUAUCAGUAAUGUCAGUAUACAAAGACGUUCUUAAAAAAGGAAAAAAGAUAAUUAAAAAAACACAAAAGUAGUGAUACGAUGAUUGGAGAAAAAAAUAAUUUGCUUUAUGGGACAUGUUUUAGGUGAAGGUGACCUCUGGUCGUUGGUGUCAAAUAUCAAAUCCUCUUUCUCCAGUCGUCCACUGACUCCUCCAGUCCUCUACAGACUCCUCCAGGCGUCCACUGACUCCUGCCCGUUGACCUUGGAUUGACUGCUAGGAACCAGUGGAUGCUGGAAGAAGUUUGAAGUGUUAACAGACAGCUGAAGUUGUGGGUCCUUUGGUCCAGGGUCCUUGUUCAUUCUGAUGUAGUCUACCUGUCCCACCUUUGCAAUAGAGUGCUAUUAUCCCCUUUAGAGACAGGGGGGCUAUCCCUCCAUAUACAGAACAUAACAACUUAUUAUCAAGUGGAGUUAUAACUGAUUGUUUUUCUUGUCUAACCCAUCACAUUGAUCAGUCGUCGUGUUUAUUUCUGUAAUUGUUGAGGAGCUUCUAACUCGCUGUGAUGUAUGAAAGCUGUCUACACUGAGGGAAUUGGGCCUUCCCUUUAAUUGUUGGAAGGAAUUCUGUUUCCUGUCCUGGUUCAGGUCAUAUUUACCUUUCCAGUCACAUCAAUUAUAACUGUUGCUAUUGCUGUAACAGCAACAAUAUAAUAUAAUUGAAUGUCAACUUUAAUCAACAUUUAUGUUUGAGUGCUUGUUUAUUGUCACACAUUGGAAGCAGUGGCUCUGAAUAUCAUGUUCUCUAAUUUAAUAGAAUUACUGAAUAAAGUAACACCAAUCUA